AGUGAGGGAUGAUUGAGGGGUGGGGGAGAAGAAUAUAUGUUCAUUUCCUUAGGAGCUUGCACUUUACCCCUUUCUCCCUCCCAGAAAAAUAUAUAAUUAGCACCCAGGCCCCUUUUUAUAUCAUAUUUUGGUCAAAAGGUGAGCAGAGCAGAUCAGGCAAGGAAGCAGUGUUGAAGGGGACAGGGCCAUACUCUGACGAUAGUGGCCUUUUGCUGCUGCCUCCUGGGCUGAAGAGUCAGGUGACAAGUUGUCUUGCAUGGCUAACAUAUUACAUCUGAGGAUUGGGGGCAGGAGAGGAGGUGACUGAGCUGGGGAAAUUGCAUUGUGUUACUGUUUAUAUUACAAAAAAAGAAGCAAAGCCCUCGGGAAAAGAAGCCAAAGGUAGCCCUAUGAGGAGAGACUGAAAGAACUGGGCAUGUUUAGCCUGGAGAGGAGAAGACUGAGGGGAGAUAUGAUAGCACUAUUCAAUCCCAAGAGCCCAGUUUGACUGGCGAGAUGCCUUACAGUUGGAGAGGCUCCUGACUCAUGAGGAAAUAAUGAUCCGGGACUCAUUUCGCAACUAUUGCCAGGAAAAGCUGAUGCCCAGGAUCCUCAUGGCCAAUAGAAACGAAGUCUUUCACCGGGAAAUUGUGUCAGAAAUGGGGGCACUGGGCAUCCUGGGCCCUACAAUCAAAGGUUAUGGCUGUGCAGGAACCACCUAUGUGGCAUAUGGGCUCCUGGCAAGGGAGAUUGAGAGGGUAGACAGCAGUUAUCGUUCUGUCCUGAGUGUCCAAUCAUCUUUGGUGAUGCACCCUAUAUAUACAUAUGGGACAGAGGAGCAGAAGCAGAAAUACUUGCCACUCCUUGCCAAGGGAGAGUUGCUGGGCUGUUUUGGUCUUACAGAGCCCAACCAUGGGAGUGACCCUGGUAGCAUGGAAACCCGGGCCCAAUACAACCCCUCCAGAAAGACCUACACACUCAACGGCACCAAGACCUGGAUUACUAAUUCUCCAAUAGCCGAUCUGUAUGUGGUGUGGGCUGUGUGUGAAGACGGCAAAGUGCGGGGCUUCCUCUUGGAACGUGGAAUUAAGGGUCUGUCCGCUCCAAAGAUUGAGGGCAAAUUUGCUCUGCGAGCCUCUGUCACUGGGAUGAUUGUUAUGGAGGAUGUGGAGGUGCCUGAAGAAAACCUGCUGCCCAACGUCUCUGGACUUGCUGGUCCUUUUGGCUGCUUGAACAAUGCUCGGUAUGGCAUUACGUGGGGAGCCUUGGGAGCUGCUGAGUUCUGCCUGCAGACAGCCAGACAGUACACCCUGGACAGGACCCAGUUUAAAGUCCCCCUUGCAAGAAACCAGCUGAUUCAGAAGAAGCUGGCUGACAUGCUCACAGAGAUCACAAUUGGCUUACAAGCUUGUCUGCAGCUGGGCCGUCUGAAAGACAAAGAUAAGGCAACCCCUGAGAUGAUCUCCAUGCUGAAACGGAAUUCAUGUGGGAAAGCGUUGGAGAUCGCCCGGCAAGCUCGUGACAUGUUGGGAGGCAAUGGAAUCGCUGACGAAUAUCAUGUUAUCAGGCAUGUCAUGAACCUUGAAGCUGUCAACACAUAUGAAGGGACCCAUGACAUCCACGCACUCAUCCUAGGCAGAGCGAUCACUGGACUUCAAGCUUUCACUGUUGGCAAUUGAAACUGCGUGUCUCUAGGGUUUCAGCAUUGUUCCUCAUGGCUCCAAAUAUGGGAACACCAGUGGAGUUUGUGAUGCCACAACAUUUUUCAAAUCUGAGCAUUAUGGUGCUGCUGACUAGACUCUCGCUCUACAUAUAAUUUCUUCACUUCAACUCAAUUAUUUGUAAUUAAUUUGAAACCAUAUCAAAACCAGGCAUUUAAGAAUUCUCUUCACCAAGAAAGCAUACAGAGAUAGAAAGCAUCUAGAUUGUGGCAAAGGAGCACACCAUUAAGACUUGAUUGUCCUUUUGAUGGGUAAUAAGUACCAUGGAAAGGAGGGCAAUGGUAAGUAGAGAAAGUUGCAAUGUAGGGAAAUACACAGUUCAGAAAUGGUCAGAUUGCCUGUGAGAUAAGCUGUAACUGGUGGCAUUUGGCCCUUUACAAUUACUUUUUAUGAGAAGCCCUCUGCUGCUGCAGGAUCCAGGCAGAGCAAUAGCUUUGGUUGUUUUCAAGUAUCCAUACCUGUUUGAAUAAUCUACCAUUUUAAAGGUGUUCUGUGUGUGUUUUAUGCAGACCUUGAGUCAUGUAUGUAAAACUUAACAGGAGCACUGCAGCUCUACUAAACUGUAUCUAAUCCAAAUUUACUGCUCACUUUGCAGUCAUUCUGCCUUAUGACCUUAAACAAGCUGUUGCCUCACAGGACCUCUGUUUGCUAAAUAAGGACUAUGAAUCUUGACAUUUGAGCAGAUAUUUUUGAUAGAGAGCUAUGUCUCAGCUAGGACUUUUUUGAAUUUGUGAUUCUCAUGUUCAACUUCUGUUUCCUAAAGAAUAAAUUGAAUAUGAUGGA